GAAUUCGACACAGCCCGCCCGGAGAGAAAAAAAACAUAACUACAACAACAUCAAAUCCAUCUUCCACACAUCGACAACAUCGCCGCCACCAUCUCGACAAUUGACAUUCACGGUCCUUACAAGAUACCACCAGAGCGCGCAAAGCAUCGUAUAUUCGAACCCCACGAUACGAGACCAGCCCGUCCCAUUCGAUUCCAUCCCAUUCAAUUCAAUACCCCAAGGACGAUUAGAGAUACCCCCAUCCCUCCAAUUUCGCUUUUUCCACGGUACGGUACGGUACGUGAAGUCAACAUACAUCAACCUUUGCAGCUACACAAUCACGAAUCAGACCUCUCUUGGAUCAUCACCACAUCACAACCAUAUCACAUCGAAGAAAUAUUUACACAACCACCACCACCACCACCACCACCACCACUACCACCACAUCAACGUCUGGCCUUCCUCGAAGACGAACGAGAUCGCAAUGACAAAGGAAACUUUAACCUCGGACAAGGUGAACUAUAUCAUUUGGAAAUAUUUAUUAGAAUCAGGUUACGAAGGAGCGGCUCGUCACCUUUCAAAAGAGUGGGACGUUCAACAACCAGAUUUAUUGCCAUUUGCGCCCCAUGUCGGAAAGCAUGCACUAGUCUCCGUUCUAAACAAAGGUCUUCUUUAUGAUGCAUAUAACAGAGAAGCAUCAAGGGCAUUCCGUCAACAUCAAGGACGCUCUCAAGAUGUUUCAAAUUCAGAAAUACCAAUGGGCGUUUUUGGCCCCCUGGAAAUAGUAAAUAGAACUAUUCCCAUCAUUACUUCGCCCCAAGAACCUCUCAACAACAAUGAGGAUUUGGAGAUUGCUCGCAAGCAUCAACUCGAAGAGGAAUCGGUUUCAAAUUCAAAUGGUCCACCAGGAAAGAAACCCCGACUUACCAAUGGUUAUGAAAAUGGUGUUUCAAAUGGAACCACGAAUGGAAAUGGAAGCUCAAAUUAUUACGAUUCGGCUUCAACGCCUAUGGAAAUGGAUGUUGAUCAAAAUGGCGAUGGUCACGCUUAUCCAUCACCAGAGCAACUCCCUUCACCCGUCACUGCCACCAUUGGACCAGAGAGGGGUACGCAGUCCGAGAAAGUCACCAAUCUUAAGACCGAAACAUUAUACCUAGACUUAUUGGAUGAAAAUGUAUCCAAAUCGACCAUAUUAUAUCGUUGCGAAUGGAACCCAAAGCUACCAAAUGUCUUGGCUGCGGGAGGUACUGAAUCCCUAGCUCGAAUGUGGGAUCUAUCAAGUACAGUCGCAGAUUACAUCAAUGGAACUAAUACCAACCCUAAUGCUUCAGGCAUGAAUACGAACGGAAUUGCCCCACCGUGUAUUCCACUUCUCCAACCUCUGGCGCCCCAACAGACAAUGGUCAAUGAAGUUACCUGGUCUUCGGAUGGGAACCAUAUCCUUGUUUCGAGCGAGGAACCUGACGGAACCGCAACUGUUACCGUUUGGACUGCUAAAGGUCAACUAUUGCAUACCUCCAGUCCAAUGGAAGGUCCAGUCGUUUCCUUGAAGUGGAAUUUCUCAAACACAUUAUUUUUGACAGUUUCUCCCAUCACACUGAAAGGGCUUUCUACGCCAGCAUCAACCUUGACUGUCACCUCGAUGGCCGACUUCACAACAGUACAACAUACGAUACCGUCGAUGCCAAUUUUCGAAUCCCCUCUUGAAGGUCUAUGGAUGAGUGACGAGGAUUUCAUGGCUUAUGGAAAUGAAUUUCUACAAAUAUUUCGAUUCGCGGAUGGAAAGAUCAAUUACUUGACAAAAUAUGAACACCGUGACGACCAUCGUGUAACACAUGCUACUUUCGACAGAGAAUCAAAGUUGCUUGCUACUGGUAGUCAGAGUGGUAUGAUUGAUAUAUGGGACGAGAAAGGUCGUUCUCGAACAUUUAAUGCUCACACCGGACCAAUUACUUCCCUUGAAUGGCAACCAUUAUCUCCAUCGGAUUCAGAGAAUGAAAGCAGUGAAAGCAAUGAAAGAUUGUUGGCUUCAUCUAGUGAAGACGGCGCUGUUAGCAUUUGGAAUGCCAAGUCUCUGGAGCCAAAGCAAAAGUGUUCAAUGACAAUUGAUUCGACUAGUGUUUUCAAAGUUAAAUUCACUCCAGAUGGUGCAUUCAUUGCUGGUGCAACCAGUGAUAGAGUUUUCAUUUGGAAAGUCGACGAUGCUUACUUUCCCCGAGCAACUUGGAAUAGACCACCUGGAAAUGGCUGGCAAACACCACAAUCAACUGAGUCGAAUGGAGAAGAUGAGCAUGCUUUGAGUUGGGAUGCAAACGGUCAAAAGCUGGCUUAUGGUUGCAAUAGUGUGUUGGCAAUUAUCAAUUUUAAACGUUGAUCUUGGAAUGACUUGACCGUGUAAUCCAAGAAUAAGAAAAUUGUUGAUUGUUAUAUAAUCCUCUGUCACUUUGAAGGCAACAGGAGAUGAUAAGUGACAGCAAGUAAAGCUUCUCAUCAUUCAGCAUGGAGUAGGCAAGAAGUGUUCCUGUCCGUCACAAAAGAGGUAUUGAAAUGAUCAUGAAUAGAUCAUACAUCCCAUCGUAUCUACUAUAGUAGGAUCGUGAAAGAAAAUACGGAGUUGUGGAGAAUAAGCAUUGGAACGGAGUCGAGCUGCAAAAAGAUAAAGGCAAAGCAAAGCAUUUGGUACUGAUGAUCACAGCACAAAGAAAUCCAUUUAUUUAUGGGUGAACCAUAUUGGAUGCAUGAGAGGGAAGAGCACGAUUGAUGAUUUUAUAUGUGUAUCAUAGAAAUGUUAGAGAAUUGGGUGUUGGGUGUAUUGAACAUUGAAAGGAUUAGGAGUUUGGAAUGAUAGGAUUGGAUAGUAUGUCUUUCGGGAUUUGGGAUGGGAUUGGAUUGGAGGGAGAUCAAAAUUAGGGUGGUGAAAGUGCUUCUGCUUAUGUGUAGAUUAUAAUUCAUGGACGGAAAGUGAGGUGAAGGACGGGAGGGAGAGAGAGAUUGCGAUUGGGAGGUUGAGAUGAAGUGGAGUUGAAAACCAAGAAGAAGAUGAUGGAUGGUAUAGUGAUGGGUAUGAGGUGACCUGGGGAUAUGUAGGAGAGAAUGGGUGAUGAGGGGAAGAGAGAAGAGAGAAGAGAAGGAGGAAUUGGGGAUGGAUAGAAAUCACUCCAAAUCAAAAUCGAGAAUGAAGAAUGAAAAAUGAAAAAUAAUAUCGUAUAGCUUA